AUGACUAGGUCAAGUAAAGGGAACCUCAAUGUAGUUGAAGAGUUAUACAAUCAGAUACCAGCAUUCACCGAUGUCUUCUCAGAAGACACAUUUUACAUUUUUGUUGUAUUCUUUGUUUUAUCAACAAUAAUGGUUGCCUUUAUUUUGUCCAGGUUCAUUACUAUCAAACCCGUAGAAUAGAUUGUAUGAUAGAUAUUUAUGUAUGUGCGAAAUUAAUUUCAAAAUGAUUGAAUAAACAGUUAAAUAUA